AUGAAAUCUAGAAAAAUCUCAUUGAUUCUAUCUGUAGCCAUUGCCAUAAUAGCAAUUUUCGCAUCCAAAACUCUCUUUAACACACAUCCUAAAGCCUUUAUGCACAAUCCUUUCGAUAUUUUACAUGGUAUUAAAGCAAUAUCAUGUUCAGCUAUAAGUGUUGUUUGCAGCCAUCAUCAUCACCAUCAUCACCACCGUCAUAAACCAUCCGAUACUAAAAAAAAAGUAUCAAUAUGCGACGAUUUUCCAAAAAACAUACCUCCACCGGACACUAACGUGACGUCCUAUCUUUGCGUGGAUAAGAACGGCUGCUGCAAUUUCACGACGGUGCAAUCAGCCGUGGAUGCAAUCGGAAAUUUUAGUCAGAGAAGGAACGUCAUUUGGAUCAACUCCGGCAUGUACUAUGAAAAAGUGGUGAUUCCGAAGACUAAACCAAACAUAACGUUGCAAGGACAAGGAUUCGAGACUACGGCCAUAGCGUGGAACGAUACGGCAUACUCGGCUAAUGGCACUUUUUACUGUGCCUCGGUCCAAGUCUUUGGAUCUCAGUUCAUCGCUAAGAACAUUAGUUUCAUGAACGUAGCUCCGAUACCGAAGCCAGGAGACGUAGGAGCUCAAGCGGUGGCGAUAAGAAUAGCAGGAGAUGAAUCGGCGUUUGUGGGAUGUGGUUUCUUUGGAGCUCAAGACACUCUUCAUGACGAUCGAGGUCGUCAUUACUUCAAGGAUUGCUACAUCCAAGGCUCUAUUGAUUUCAUCUUCGGCAACGCCAAAUCUCUCUACCAGGACUGUCAAAUAAUAUCAAUGGCGAACCAACUGAGCCCAGGGUCAAAGGCGGUCAACGGAGCCGUGACUGCUAACGGCCGUAACUCAAAGGACGAGAACAGUGGCUUCUCUUUCGUCAACUGCUCAAUAGGCGGCACUGGUCACGUGUGGCUUGGACGUGCCUGGAGGCCUUACUCACGUGUUGUCUUUGUUUCCACUUCCAUGACCGAUGUUAUCGCGCCCGAAGGCUGGAACAACUUCAACGAUCCCUCUAGGGAUGCGACAAUAUUUUACGGAGAGUACAAUUGUUCGGGUCCAGGAGCCGAGAUCUCGAAGAGGGCAGCGUAUGUUCAGAAGCUUAAUGAGACUCAAGUUUUUCAAUUCAUUAGCACUUCUUUUAUUGAUGGAGACCAGUGGUUACAAUUUUCCGAUCUUUAAAGGAAACAAAUAAAUCAAUAAAAACUAAUUUCAACCAAAGAAACUUAUACCACACGUAUAAUCUUUUGAUUUUAUUUAUUAAUUUUAGAAUUGUUCGUCUGUGUCUUCAUGCUGACUGUUUUUUUUUUACCAAGUAAUUCUUUGGACUCUUUGGUAGAUUUUGUUGCUAAACCAAGAGUAAAUAUGUAACCUUUAAUUCGAUAUAUCGGACCAACCGGUUCGGUUCAAUUUUAAAAAACAUAAGUUGCAAUUGCACCUUCUUCACAUGCGCAUAUUCCUCGGGGAAAUA